AUGUCUACAUGUGUAUUCGAAUUUUUUCCUGUCGAAUUAAUGCAUGGCAUUUUUCAUUAUCUAUCAGCUCAUGAAAUUUUCUAUGCAUUUGAUCAGUUAAGUGCUCGUAUAGAUCGUGUUCUUGUUGGUUAUGAUCGUUAUUCGAUUACUUUGACAUCUAUGCUUAAAUAUCAAUUUGAUCUUAUGUGUCGUCUUAUUCAACCAGAACAAGUUAUAUCAAUUACAAUUGCUGAAAAUGAUGAUACACCAGAUCAAUCGAAAUUAUUCUUUUCAAAAUUUGAUAUUCAACAAUUUAUUAAUCUUCGUUCAUUUGGUAUUAUUUCAUCGGAUCAAAGUAUUUUUCUACAAUUAAAUCUUUUAUGUCAAUUUAAUAAUUUUCAAUCAUUAACUUUACCAAAUGUUUCACAGGCUUAUUGGUGUCUUUUUGGAUCUCGUGUAGAAACAACCCUACCUCGACUAAGAAAAUUAAUUACAAAUCAAUAUCCAUUAACAGAACCGUUGAACAAUUUGAGAUACUUAACAGUCACACAUUAUUAUUGUCAUAAUUUGGAAUAUUUACUUUGUCAAAUGGCCAAGUUACGUUCGUUGAAUAUUACUAUAUCUCUUAAUAUAUCUACCAAUUGGUCUAAAAGAAUACCAGUGAUGAAUCAUCUAAGACGGCUGACAUUUUGCAUUUACUAUGGCCGAUUGACAAUGAGUCGAAUGAGUCAAUUUCUAUCGAAAAUGCCUUGUUUAAUGCAUUUUGAACUUCGAAUUGAUGAUCCAAUGGAUAUUGUCGGUGGUAAACAGUGGGAAAUGUGGUUUCAACAUUCAAAUGUUGAUAUUGAAGAUGCAAAAGAUAUGGUUGAUGGUCAUCAAUGGAAAUAUUUAGUAUCACAUCUUCAAACAUUCGAUUUUCAUUUUUAUCUUUCGGAUAGAUCCGACGAAAAGAUUCUUGAUUCAUUUCGAUCAUCAUUUUGGCUCGAACAAAAACAAUGGUUUGUUGCCUAUGAUGAUCAUCAAUCAUUACCACGUCUCUUUACCGUACCUCGUUUUGCACCGAAGAAUAUCAUUUAUUCAUCGGACUAUCGUACACCAUUAUGUACAUCAUCCGAUCUAUGUCUUGAUAAAUUUGUUGAUAUUAUCACAUUGCCUAUGGCCUAUCCAUUGACGCAUCGUUUUAUCAAUGUGACAUCGCUAAUACUCCAAACAGACGAUAAUCUUAGCUUGGAUACAAUUUUGCCAUUUUUGAGAUUACCUCAUUUACAGUCACUUUCAGUAGUCAGUUCAACGUUAGUGACUCAACUGUUGACAGAAACAAUGUUUGAAUCAAUUCGUUCAUUGAAAAUAGAUACUAUAGUAACGAGACCGUAUGCUGAACAAAUAUGCAUCGUAUUUCCACGAUUAGAACGUUUACAAAUCGGAAUCAAUGAUCAAGAUACAAUGCUAUUAUUAAUUGAUGGAUUGAAACAUUUGUCGAUUGUCAUAUUUGUAUAUUCUCAAUCAUCAUUUUUCCAAUCUUUGACACAUGAAUGUCAAGAUUUAAGACUCUUUCAUUCUGUCUCACCAUAA